GCUCGACAAACUCGUCGGCCUCGCCAUGCUCGUGGCUGCCUCCUUCGUCUUCCUCUACUACACGAUCUGGGCGCUCCUCAUGCCCUUUGUCGACUCGGACCACCCUCUUCAGAACCUGUUCCCGCCCCGCGUAUGGGCUAUUCGCAUCCCGGUCAUCCUCGUUCUUCUCGGCUCCGCCGUCGUCGGCUCCUUCCUCAGUGUGGUCAUGAUCAGGAGCAACAGGAAGAAGGCUGCAAAGGCAAAGGCCGCCGCGGCCAAGAAGAAGGCUUAG